AUGCACAACACAGCAAUCUCGGCCGCGCUGGAGAAAGCGAAGCAAUACGCCAAGGAAGGCAAUGAGUUUUCUACCAAUCAUUUUCUUGAAAAGGCUCAAAAAAUUGCUCGAGACGCCGGCCUGCCUGAACCAUCUCUCAGUGCAAUAGAGAUACACAACAUGCACAAGAUGGCAAUAUCGGCCGCGCUAAAGAAAGCAAAGCAAUACGCGAAGAAAGGCAAUAAGUCUUCUGCCAAUCAGUGUCUCAAAAGGGCUCAAGAAAUUGCUCGAGAUGCCGGCCUGCCUGAACCAUCUCUCAGUGCAAUAGAGAUACACAACAUGCACAAGAUGGCAAUAUCGGCCGCGCUGAGAGAAGCGAAGCAAUAUCUCGAAAAGGCUCAAAAAAUUGCUCGAGACGCCGGCCUGCCUGAACCAUCUCUCAGCGCGGAAGAAGUACACAACAUGCACGAGACGGCAAUGUGUUAA